AUGGGAGCACCCACCGCUCCACGCGGCCAACAGAGAACAUUUGCUCAAGCUGCCAGCCGUGGUGGCAGUAAGUUGUUGCAGCAGGCAACAACACGUUAUGCUCAGUCAAGAACGCCAAACUUCGCGCCGUCAAAUACGCCUGCUACUCGCCCAGUCAAUGAGAAUGGUGCAGCUGAUCUGGUCCAGGGCAUGGCCGGGUUGAAUGUUAGCAACAACAAUGCUGCAACCACGCAGAUGAACAUCGUCGCUCCGACUCUAGGCCCACCUCCUUCGUACAAGAACACCAUCCUCAUACCUCCGGGCACAGCCUGGGCACCUUCGACCUCACCAAACCAAUCUGUCACGAUGCAAAACCAACACCACAGACGAGGAUGGUUCAGAAACGAGAUCUGUGUCAAGUCAUCGUACAAGAAAGCAUCAUUCAAGGUCGGAGAUGUAAUCUCUGUGCCAUUCCACAAGGCAAACCUGAUUCCCCAAGCUCAACCAGCAGACGAGGUCAACAUCACUUCUGUCGGGCCAGUGUAUUCCAAGAGACGAAUGUUCGUCGUUCUUUGGUUAGCAGAUGAAGAGAUGUUCUGCCUCCCACUCUACUCGUGGAACCAAGUCGGAAUGAUCAGGAAGCAGGGCUACGUCAAGGACUACGUGUCUCUUGGCAAUUGGAAGUACAGAGAUAGCUUCAAGCCCUCAGGAGUACAUCCUGCGAUCUGGUUCGUUCACAGAAACGAGGUGAGCGAGUUGACUGAUACCACAACCUGCCAUAUUGCUGGGGGAAAGCAUGUGGAAUAUCAGGAGGAUAUCUCGUAUGUUGGCCGCAUCACGAAGUCGAGCUAUGAGGCGCUUCUGGACCUGUGGGGUACGAGGAAUGAUGAGUUUACGAACCAGCCUACUGACUUCCCGCCGGAGGGAGAGCAGGAUCAGAGAUGGAAGGGCAGGCAGUAG